AUGUUGAAUACGAAGCCUUUCAAGGGAGCGAACGUGUUCAUGUCGAGGAACUUGGUUCCGCCGGAGGUCUUCGACGCGCUUCUCGACGCUCUCAAGCUCAACGGCGCCGAUGUAUUUCUCUGCUGCGAUCCUUCGCGACACGGCCUCAACGAUUUCCACAUCAUCUCCUCUUCUGAUCACGAGAAAUUCGAAGAUCUCCGAGCUAAGGGCUGUAAUUUGCUAGGUCCUCAUUGUGUGCUUUCUUGUGCAAAAGAACAUAGACCACUGCCUAAACAAGGUUUCACUUGCUGCCUUGCAAUGGAUGGUGUCAAAGUACUCGCAUCUGGCUUUGACAUGGAUGAAAAGGUUAAGAUAGAACAACUGGUAACAGCAAUGAGUGGAGUGUUGCAGACUAAAGCAUCUGUGGAUGUUAGAUUUGUUGUAGUGAAGAAUGUCUCGGCUGCAAAGUACAAGUGGGCUUUGAAUGUUCUGAAGAAACCAGUUGUCACUAUUAAUUGGUUAUAUCAAUGCUGGAAUGAGCACCGUGUUGUUCCUCAAGAAUCAUACAGGGUUCUUCCUUUUUCUGGAUUAACAAUAUGUGUUACUAGAAUUCCAGCAGAUAAACGGAAGGAGAUUGAAAAACUCAUCAUACAAAACGAUGGGAAAUAUUCUGCUGAGCUGACCAAGAAGUGUACACAUCUGAUUUCUGAUAUAUCCUUUUCCUGGUUUCUUUAUAAAACCGUUGAUUUUGAUACUGUUUGUAUACUUUUAACUCUCAAUCUCACAUUACAGCAAUUUUGUAUUAGGGGAUGUAAAAUCUCAUGCAUUUUUCUGAAUUUGCAAAAUAUACACGCUCCUGAAGGUGACAAAUACAAGGUUGCCAGAAGAUGGGGCCACAUUCGUAUCGUAACAACGAAAUGGUUUGAUCAGUCUGUUGCUAGCAAAGCAUGUCUUAAUGAGGAGUCGUAUCCUGUUCAGGGUGGUUUUCUAUCUUCAAGCAAAACAGUGAGGGACCCCUUGAUUGAACAGCACAGUCAAGACAAGUGUAUGGGAAACUCGCAUUCUGUUCCAUCCUCAGUGGCUGCGGAAUCAAAUUUGCCUGCUACUCCUUGUGCUAGGUCUUCAGAUCCAGACUUGGAAGCUACACUCUCACAGAACAUGUCUUCUAUGUUUUCAGAUCUUCCUGUUUUUUUGAAAGAGGUGGACUGUGAUAAGCCUACGGUAAAGGCAACAACCGAAACAAACCUUGAUGGUUGUGUUGCUGAUGACUCUCAAUCUGAAGAAAGUGAUCUGCACUUGUCAGAGUGUAGAAUAUCACUUGUUGGCUUUGAAGCUCCUGAAUUACGCAAACUAGUUAAUAUGGUGCGUAGAGGUGGGGGGUCACGGUAUAUGUCUUUCAAUGAUAAAUUGACACAUAUAGUAGUUGGGGCUCCGACAGAGGUUGAAAAGAAGGAGCUAAGAGGGCUUGCAGCUUCUGGUGUUAUUAAUGUUGUUAGAACUGCCUGGCUUGAAGAUUGUGAUCGUGAAAAGAAAGAAAUGCCUGUUCUGUGUCAGCAUAUUGCAUAUGAUUUACUUCUUCCCAAAGAUUCUGUGAGCUCGCUCAAAGGAGCAAUGGCAGGCAUGGCUGGCAAUCAAGCUAGGGGUUCCAUUGUUCAUCCAAGCAUUCACUCUGGUCAGUUGCUUGGUGGUAAUAAUUCUGACCAUAGCAUGCCAUCAUUAUUGGAGGAAAACAGAGAUGUGAAAGCAGAAAUGAACAUAAAUUCGAGCAUCUCUUUGGAAGGGACUGUGAGACGGUCCCAACAAAAUGUAUUUCCUGUAGUAAAUGAUCCAAAGAAAGGUUCAAAAAGGAUGCAAAAUGAUUGCAGCGAUCAAAAUGUUCAAAGGAGGAAGUCAUUAGAUGUAUUCAAGGGGAAAACAUUUUGCUUUUCAAAAUGCUUUCCUGAAGAUAGGAGAUCUGAAAUUGUGCAAUGGGUCAAUCAAGGAGGAGGUGAGUUAGUUCUAGAUAAAGCAAAACAGAAAGUGCACUUCACGAUUGAAUGCCAUGGUGUGAAAUCUAGGCUUGCUGAUGACGCCCAUACUCUUUAUGUGUCCAGUCAUUGGGUCCGGUCUUGUUUAGAGGGUGGAUGUCUGCUGGAUGUUGGUAGUCAUGUUAUAUAUUCUCCACUUCCCUGCCGGAUUCCUUUGCCUGGUUUUGAAAACUUCCGCUUUUGCAUCUCUCAGUAUGAAGAGAAAGAUAGAUUGCUAUUAAGAAACUUAUGCUUUGUUCUUGGAGCUAAAUUUGUGGAGAAAUUGACUAGAAAGGUCACACAUUUAUUAUGUAAGUUUACCAGCGGGCCAAAGUAUGAAGCUGCUUGUAAAUGGGAUAUAUGUUCUAUUACAUCUGAGUGGAUUUACGAGUGUGUCAGGCAGAAUGAAGUUGUUGCACUGGAUCAGUUUCGCCCAAAAGAAAUUACCUCUCAAGACCAAGAGUUAUGCACUGUGAGCCAGUUUCCUACACAAGCGGUUCAAAUGAUAUCUGGAGAGAAUGCAUCUCAAUUUAUUAGUCAGCCACAAGACCUUAGAAAGUCGUCAGCCCAAAUUGGUGGUAUUGCAAUCAAUAGUUUUAUGGAAGAGGCUCAGCAAUCUAUUGAUAUCCGUAAAAAGGCCAAGAUUUUUAAAGAUAAUGACCAGAAGAGUCUGCUUUCAUUUAAAGUUCAUUUGAGUGAUUCUACCUGCAAUAUGAAUUCCACUGAAGGUGAUAACACAGAAGAUAAUGGAGAAUCUUCUCAUGACAUUCCUGAUGUAGCUGCUGCUAUUGAGGACUUGUUAGAGCAGACAAGCAAGAUUCAUGAUCAGAAGUCACCGGGGAGGACUGGGUGUGAUAAAAGUCUAUUUUCAUCUGACUGUUCAAUGCUUGGCGAAGGCCAUGAGGGUUCUCCCUCUGUGAUUGGGUUGCCUAAGCACUGGUUAAGCAGGACUGGGAGAAGAGAGGAAUCCAAUACUUCUGAAAUAGUAAACGAUGGAGGAGGACUAUAUGAUGGUUUCAGCGAAACACAAACGGAGUCUCAGGUUGUUGGUUAUGAAGAAGAUUUGACGGGCAGGCAAAUGCUUAUAGAUAGAGUUCGUACCAGAAGUAGCAUGACCUGA